AUGAGGCUGGACUACUACGCCAACAUCCUCUUGUGUGUAACACUCUAUCCUCGCUCCGUGGCGGCGGGAAUCUCUCAAGCUGUCCUCUCCACCGAUCAUGCUCUCCAUCCGGACCCCAUAACUUUCCUCAGCACCUGGGACUUACUAGGGCCGUUCCGGCUAGGCACUCGAGAGGCUGUAUGGGGCGCCGACCCUGUCGAGCUCUAUGGAGGCAUUCGAUCAGUCGCCAUCGACGAGGGGGCCCUCUACCACAGUCCUCUCACCAGGGACGCGACAGUGCAAUGGAGCAAUCGAACAUUCACCACUCUAGCUUCGAAGACUCGAGCAUCCGUCGAAUUGGUCAUAGACUUCCCUGAGGUCGACUGGCAAUUUGCACAGAAGAUUUAUGGCUGGUCUGCUUUCCAAUUCCAGGGGUGGGCGAAAGGCGGCAUUUGGAAUACCGACUCCGUUGUACGAAGAGUGGUGCUGCAUCCAGUCAACAUUCUCGAGCUCUGGGUCAAUGAUAUCCAUGUAUUUGGAGGAGACUUCUAUGGCUUUGAGAGAGCCCCCGUUGCUUUGGAUCUUCGGCCUGGCCUCAACGACAUCAGUGUGCGCCUCACACGCGAUGUUCGGUCGAUGGGUGGUGCAUUUCCUCCAGUUAUCCGAGCGACUCUCAAAGCCGAAUUGGUCUCCGCUUCCAUCGAGGUUCCUCUUCAAAGCCUGGUGUUACCUGAUGUGGUUUGCGGUCGAUUUUGCAGUCGUUUUGGUAGCAUAACGGUGAGGAACCAGGGCGAUUCGUGGAUCCAAAUCCAACACAUUUUCGCAAAUCUUGCUGAACGAAGUGCUAUUGUGUCAAGUGAAGCAAUUGGACUCGCCCCUGGUCAGUCACGUCCUGUGAAGAUGACCCUCGAGUCUAUUGAAGGACUACAAGAAGUUGUUCAUUUUGAACUUGAAUAUACUACAGACGACUCAAAGUUAUACCAGCAGACAUUUCAAGCGCCAAUAACUCACACCAAUGAUUCGUCUUCACAAAAAAUCACAUUCCUGCAUCCUAGUGGCGUGGUCUCUUAUGCCAUACUGAGACCACCACCGACAACAAAUUCCCCAUCAGUAGAUCAAGUGGCCCCUGUUCUUCUGAAUCUUCAUGGAGCAGGCGUCGAAGCAGACGGUUCUCUGGCUCGCCAUAUGUUUGAUGCGGCUCAGGAUCUACCGGUAUGGAUACUCUCUCCGUCAGGCUUGAGCCCGUGGAGCGGGGACGACUGGCAUACCUGGGGCAUGGCUGAUGCUGAAGCUGCACUGUCGGCCGUCCCCAAAUGGAUCCGAGACACUGGUUGGGAUGGCCCUGCGCUGGAAUCACCAAAGUUGUUGAUUGCAGGUCAUUCCAACGGCGCACAAGGGACUUGGUUCUAUGCGUCGCACCAGCCUGAUCGUGUUCUUGGUGCAGCUGCCGCUUCGGGAUAUUCUUCAAUCGAGAAUUAUGUCCCAUACCUGUUGUGGAACGAAGCAGAUCCACUCCAAGUCGGCAUCAUUCAGACCUCGAUGAAUAGUUUUCGUCAUGAGUUGUUGACAGAAAACUUAGCAGGUAUUCCUAUAUUCCAGCAGCAUGGCACUGAAGACGCCAAUGUCCCCGUAUACCAUUCUCGCCUGAUGAAUACCUUGCUUGCGCAAGUAGGUCAGGUGGCUGACUACUCCGAACUACCAGGCAGGGGACACUGGUUUACUGGGUCUAUGACCACUCCAUCAAUGCUGGACUUUUACCAUGGGUGUCUGAAUGGCUCCAAUCCAAUCCCCACUGUUCCCACCCAGUUUACAUUUGUUGUGCCAAAUUCACACGAUCUGGGCUCUCGGUAUGGUAUCGUUAUUGAUCAAUUGGCCACCCCAGACAGAAUGGGGCGGAUAAAAGUGACCACCAGCUUGCAUGGCUCCAUUAACCGGUGGCAUAUCAGGACGGAGAACAUUCGCCGGUUGCAUUUCAGUCCUGCUGCACAUCUUGCCAAUGCGCCUGAUGAGAUCGUGCUUGACGACAUGCCCCAAGGAGUCAACUUUGCGAAUUUCACAGAGAAGGAGUCGUUUGUCAAGUUUGAAACAAACAUCUGGGGCAGAGAGGUGGCACUAGAGUGGAGGAACAUUGAGCAACGUUAUGGACGUCAAAGGGGAUUCCUUGAUUCGAUCCUCCGCAGCGCAGGACCCUUUGAGCUUGUUUAUUGCUCUGACCAGGCUUUCCAGUUGGCAAUCCAGGCCAGUCGGAACUUCAUGCAAUACUUCGGAGCUGAUUCGAACAUCAACCCUUGUCUGAGAUAUAAGGAGGCUCUGCAUCGACAAGGAAAUAUAAUCACGAUUGGCUUGGGAACUACGAUCCCCCCUGCCAGCCUUCCGACCUUUCCUAUCCAGCUUGGGGAAAAACAGAUCUUGCUGACGACGAAGGACUCGAACACCAUAUCGAUCCCCCGCACAUCAGGCAUGGGAGGUGUAUGGCUUCGUCCGCUCCCUGACUCGAGGCUCGAACUCGUCGUAUGGGGCCAUGAUGAAGUUGGGCUGAGGCAAGCUUCCCGACUGAUUCCCACCCUUACCGGAGCAGGUCAGCCAGAUUUUGCUAUCCUGAACAAUGAAGCAAGAUGGAAGGGACACUCAGGGGCCAUAGCGAUGGGGUUCUUUGACUAUAACUGGAGAAUUUCGGCCGCUUCAUUCCUCCCAUGA